AUGAAUGACAAGGAAGCUGAGGCUGCAAUAGCUGAAUUUAUGGAAAAGGUAAACAUCAUUUAUAUUUAUUUAAAUACUCAACGAUAGUAAAACAGGCCAUACUCUGUGCAGAACAUAUUGGAUAGUUUUCAAUAAAGAAUAAAGAAGACUCAGUGUUAAAAGAUAAUGGAUGAAUUAACUACUUAGUAGAUAUUAACUUGCAAGGAAUAUGGAAAGGCCAAGAUAUAUCUAAUAAAUUAAGAUCUAUUCGAUACUAAGAGUGCUGAAGAACUAGCUAUUCUAGAUGAUUAGAUUAAAAUCAGGAAGGAUGAGAAUGACGCUUUGCUUGUCGAGCUAAAAUAACUUCAAAUAAGAUUAAAGGAAACUAGCUAGGGUUAAAGUAAUACAGACAUAAGUUCUGACAUAAAACAACACAAAACAGACAUAAAGUCUUUGCAGGACAAGAUUAAGCCAUUUGUAAGUGGUGGCAGAAAAUUAGUAACUCAGGAUGAAAUUAAUAAAGCAGAUAAGAAGUUGAAGAAUAUGUAAUAGGAAUGGAAAAGAAGGAAGAAGGCCUGCAUGGAAAUAGUUGAUUAGAUUAGUGAAUCAGCUGAAAUGAAUAGAAAGGACUUUAUAAAGAAAUUAAAUCUAGAGACCGAUGAAGAGUAUAAAGUAGUUUGUCCAAUUUGA